UUUCAGCAUGAAUCGGAUUCCUUCAACACCCGUCGAUGCGACGAAGAAAUCGGAUCAGUCGAAAUCCGAAUCGCCAAACUCCGAAAAAGAAGGGGAAUCCAAGCCGGGCACUCCGAACACUUCGAGUCCUUCGAGAGAGUCCGAGAUAUCCAAGCCGGUGCCGGACGGGGAUGAGGACGUCUUGCCCAAGCCCGUCUACGACCCGAGGGCCAGGGCUCGCCGACCCAGCAUCUACGCGAUCCGCACGGAGGUCUUCGACGACGUCGUCAUGAACAAGCCACGCAAAGAUCGUCGCGUGCACUUCAACGUGUCCCCCGGAGAGCUGGGCAUGAACCCGCCGUCAAUCGCCUGGUUCAUGUGCCUCUGCUUCACCAUGUUCUCGCUGACACUGUCCGUGCUCUUAAUCGCCUACUACGUCAACAGGAACGGUAUUCCCACGCCGCCACUACAAGUUACCAAGAAGCCUUCUCAGGUUUCAGAACAGCCGCCCGAUAGCAACGUCUCGACAAGUAUUAGUGUAGGAACGCUCGACCGUCAGCCAGAAGACGAUGACGAGGUCCCGGGACGGGAGUUCAUUCCAGACGAAGUGCUCUAUAAGGAAUAAAGAAGUAUGCUUGAUAUCAUAAAAUAUGCGAAAAUGAAAAGCA